GGCAGGAGGAGGCUGUGGCGGGCAGACGGGUUCCUUCGCCUUCCUCCUUGCCGCGGGGCGAUUGUUUCCGUCGGCUCAGAAGCGGGGAGGCUGCGCUGAGGAAAGGGGUAGCAAAGGCGGGCUUGCGCUGCAGCCGGGGAGACCCUCCAGCUUGCAGGCAAUGGUCCACCCUCGCUGCCUUGCUCGUCCCCUCUUUCCCUCCCCCGGCUUGGAAGCUUUUGUUCUCUCCAGUUCGGGACACAAGAGAGCUACCUGCUGCCGCCGCCGCUCCUGCCUCCCGACGUCAGGAAAGUUCGAGGAGAAAACCCGCCUUGGGUCCCGACCUCCUUUGGGCUGCGGCGCCUUCAGUUUGUUUCCUGCAGUCCAAGAUUCUUCCUCUCGUCCAGAUGAACAUCAAUCUAGCACCUGCACCCAGCACCAUCUGUAACCUGCCCUGCUGAUUUGUUUGUAUGCAUUUGGAAAGUCAACUUUAUCGUGUGGUUUCCUCAACUGAUGCUCUAAGAAUUAUGGACCAAAACACUGCAAUGAAGAGUACAAAUCAACCUUCCUUCUUCUGGAUAUGUCACUAUUUUGCCAAGGGCCCUAAAUCAUGACACCAUCUUGUUUAUUAAAAUGCCUUGAAGUCGUUUUCUCUCUCUGCUGAAGUGAUGGUUUUUCCCGCAACGCUGACACCAGCUCAUCCUGUGUCAUUAAACGCAACUUUUAUUGUCUAUGAACAUGCCCAUGCCAAUAUUACCACUCCGUUGAUCUUGGUCCAUAAGGGCACAGCUCAGCUACUGAAAUACCAUUUGGGUGCCAUGGUUACUACUGAGAUAGCUCCUUUGACAAUCAAUAGUACACCUGCUCUCCUGUUACAAAGCUUCACAAGCUUGAGUCUACCACUCCAGAUCGUCCUUUCUGCUGCCAUGAUAUUUAUUUUCCUUAUUUCUUUUGUUGGUAACCUGGUCGUCUGCCUUAUGGUUUAUCAGAAGACUGCAAUGCGAUCCGCCAUUAACAUUCUUCUAGCUAGUUUGGCUUUUGCAGACAUGCUGCUUGCUGUGCUGAACAUGCCUUUUGCUCUGAUAACCAUCAUUACUACCCAGUGGAUUUUCGGGGAUGUCUUCUGCAGAGUCUCUGCCAUGUUCUUCUGGCUGUUUGUCAUUGAAGGAGUUGCCAUAUUACUCAUCAUCAGCAUUGACAGAUUCCUUAUAAUAGUUCAAAGGCAGGACAAGCUGAAUCCUUACCGAGCGAAAGUCCUCAUCGCUGCUUCAUGGCUGGUGGCCUUUGUUGUGGCUUUUCCACUCUCUGUGGGGAACCCCAGCCUACAGAUACCUUCCAAAGCACCUCAGUGUGUAUUUGGCUACACAACAAACCCAGGUUACCGUGCCUAUGUAGUAGUGGUGGUUUUGGUCUCCUUUUUCAUUCCAUUCCUCGUAAUGUUAUAUUCUUUUAUGGGCAUCCUCAACACUGUACGGCACAAUGCGGUUCGUAUCCAUAGCCACCCAGACAGCAUAUGCCUCAGUCAAGCUAGCAAACUUGGUCUCAUGAGCCUCCAGAGACCCUUUCAAAUGAAUAUUGAUAUGAGCUUUAAAACUCGUGCCUUCACCACCAUAUUGAUUUUGUUCAUUGUCUUCAUCAUUUGCUGGGCCCCCUUCACCACCUACAGCCUUAUUGCCACAUUUAACAGCCACUUUUAUCACAAGCACAACUUUUUUGAGAUAAGCACCUGGCUCCUUUGGCUCUGCUACCUCAAGUCUGCUGUGAACCCACUCAUCUACUACUGGAGAAUCAAGAAAUUUCACGAUGCGUGUUUAGACUUAGUGCCCAAGUACUUCAAGUUUUUGCCACAGCUACCUGGUCAAGCUAGAAGACGUAUCCGACCUAGUGCUGUUUAUGUAUGCGGGGAGCACCGGUCAGUAGUGUAAGCCUCACAGCAAAUGGACAUUUUCUCUUUUUCUGAUAUAGGCCUGUUUUAGUGGAUUUUCUUUCUUUUUAAUGGCUUCUUUAGCUGUCAGAUUUAUAAUUUUUAGAAUUCACAUUCACCGUUUAAGGAGGGGAUAUUUGUUGAGCUUUUCUACCAGAAUAUACCCAUACUAUGUUCUUGACCACCUACUAAAGAAGUUCUAUAUACAUGGGGGAGGAAUUGUGUGUAUAGGGCAGAGCUUUCUGCUGCAAUGGCUUUUGCUGCAGAAAGAGACCAAUUGAAACACCAUUUUUCUCUUCCGCAGACAGAGCUGCAAAAAUGUAAGUAUGUAAAUAUGUAAGCUGCAAAAAUGUAAGAAUCCCUGUACCAUUUGCACAGUUAUUCCCCCCCAUGUAUAUAUGUAGCUCUUUAUGGAUUGUAUGCUAUUGCCUCCCUGGUUCUGUGGUAGAAAGGAAAAGUCAUUUUGGAUGUAUGCCAGGUGAUCUUAAGCACUGCUAAUUAUUUCAUUUCAUUGUAGAUGUUAAUGCUGCUAUUUUAUGGUACAUUUAGAUGAAUACGUAAUAGGCUUUUUUUUUUUUUUUCAAAUAAUGUUGCUGCAUAGAUGAGCCAAAAUGUUUGCAUUUAAUUAAUUAUUUGCAAGAAUUGCAGUGACAUUAAAGGAGGGAAAAAUCACAUUCAUGCACUUUAAAUAGAACUGGAUGGAGCGGAGUAAGUCGGGAUGAAGAAAGGUUCAGUGACCUUUUACGUUUUUGUUUUUUUCUGCAAGGUUUUUAAUUCUUCCACCAGUUUUGCAGUGUUUCAGAAUGAUGCUAUAACAUACUUUGUUCUCGAACUAUUUUAUAGUCCUUUUUGAGUUUACUUGAAUGUCAGAAGUAUGUAGUGCAAAUUCAUUUAGAUGAAGACACUUAAAAAAUUAUUACAAUUCAGAGGAAGUGCUUUAAAUCCUUCUAAAGCCAAAAGGAAUUAAACCAAAUUCCAGUUAUUUAAAAACACAUGAGAUUUGUCUUUAAUUAUUAUUUCAAUGAGAGGUACAUGCUUAUUCAAAUUCAAUGUCAUGACUUUAGCCCCAACAAAAGAAUAACUGAUAGCAUUUAAAAAGCAUAUAGUCAUUAAUUGUAUGUAAACAUACCAUGGAAAUAUGGAUUCCCUUUGAAUAUCAAACUCUUACUGCGAACUGUGUUGUAUCAAUAUUUAAUUAGAAGAGAAACUUGAAACAUAGUUAAUGUUCAAAUAUUUUUUUAAUUUAAAAAUUGGAGUCGUACAUAGUGUGCAAUUCUUUUGACGGAGAAGUAUUUUUAAAGAUUUUUUUUUAACUAAACUGGGAAAAUAAAAAUUUCCACAUUUUCUCUCCAAAUGCUUACAAAUUGAUGUUAUCUUGCUUGAAAUAUGAAAAUGAUUUAUGUUUACUUUUACUUUUUUCCUGUCAAGACAAACUAUAUUAUGAGGUUGCAUGACCAGCUAUGUUUCUCUUGCAAUAUCCUGAAAUUUUUACAAAAAGCUGAAAAAAAGAGUAAACAUUUUUCUCAGGAGUAUUUAUCUUAAUCUUUUAAAUACAUUUGACCAAUGUACAUAUAUUAAAACUUGUGUCAGUUCUGCUAUAUGUGCACUUUUCUAAAAACACCUUGUCAUUCUUUACAUAACCAAAAUAACUACUUACACAGGAAUAAUUUCUUAAUUUAAAUCCUGCUUUUAAAAAGUUGCAUUAGGGCAAAAAAAAGUCAUGGUCAGAAGUAGAUUUAUUAAUUCGGAACUGUUGGUUCAUGUGACCAAACUUUAUAGCACACUAAAUUUAUUUCAUGUCUAAAAGACAACCUCGUUUCUUAUCCAGCUUGAUGAAUUACCAUUGCUGUCAGCAACCAGAAACAUUGUUUUGUCUUCCCAAAGAAAGCAUUUAUUGAAUAUUUUAAACACAUGACAAAAUUCCCAGGGUGGGAGGAAUAGGGAUGGGAACACACUAUGGGCCUUACUCUUCAUAUUUGUACUAUUUCCUCUCCUCUCAUUCCCCUAAUCUGACUUCUGAAUUGUACCUAUACAUUAUACAUAGAGAAUUUUGAUAUCCUUUAUGCAUAAACUUCCUGGCUUAUAAUUCCAGAUUCAUUGUGUGGGCGUUAGUUGGUAGGACAAAACAGGUCAGAUGGCAUGGUGCGGUUAGCUUUACAACUGAACCCUCUUCAUGUAAAUAAAGAAUGCAAGGGAAAUAGUUGCAAGAUGAGAUAAUGCACUGAUAGACAUCAUCAGGAACAACUUCAGAUAUAAUAUUUAGAACUGUGGGCAUUCUUGCAUUUUUGAAAAUUAAAACUUUGGAAGAGGCAAAAAUAACUUAGCUAUAUUUCAACUGUAUAGAAAUUGGGAUAUGUUUUCUAUAGAGCUGGAAUAAUCAGGACUUUCAUCUGUUUGGCUAUGGUAUCAUGUCAGUUGUCCACCCCUUUCAUUAUAGGGUUUAUUUUAGAAGUGCUACUUUUAGCAGUAGAUCAAUAACAUUUUCAUACCCAGAGAUGUUUGGAACAGCUUAUUCCUUAAGCAAUGGAAAGAUUCUUGACUUUAAAUGGCAACCUACGGUAUGCUCUACUAUAAAUGAGUACUACUUUUACCUUAUAGCAAAAUGAAAAACAUUGGUUAUAAUAGUUAACCAAAUUGUUGCUUUGCUUACUACAAUUCAAUAGUAAUUGAUCACAUUGAUCCAAAGCAGUCUGGAUGACAAACAUUGACACUAUUCCUGAAAAUACACGAUAUCCCCUUGGACUUUAAACAGUGUGUAGACCUAAAAGGACAAUGUUGACUUGAAAAUAAAUCCCACUGCAGUGUGUCUCAUUCCCAGGUAAGUGUGCCCAUGGUGCAGCUCUAUGAAUAGUAAACCAGUUCUGGAUUCUCGAUCAAAUCAGAAUUGUGUUGCUCACAUCUCUGGAUUUAGAUCUAAUGCAAAUAUGCUUACUGAGAAAAUUAAGCUUUCAUUUUGAAUAGCUUGAAAACGAGGAAAUGUUUGCUCCUAAUUAACAUAUCAAAAUCAGAAGAGCCGAGGCAAAAUUUCCAAAUUUCUCACAAUACCUCAUAAUCUGUUUCCUCUGUUGCUUCUAGUCUUUGUUUUUCCCAUUUUGUCAUUGGAAUGGCCAGGUAUAAAGGAUUCCAGAACUGUUGUCAAGAAACAUUUAACAGAAAGAAGUGUAAUCAUGUAUAAUGUUUACAUUUUAAACCAUUUCAUCUAUUAUCGCCAUUGGCUCUUUUAAUAUACUGUUGUUUUAGAACAGUGCCUUUUCAUUUUGAUAUUGAUUUUUAUAUCCUCUUAAACUUGAAAAUCCUUCAGUUCAGCUGGUAAUCAGCCUCUUCAUGUGUCCAUAUGUUCUACCGAGAUUACACCCAUGCUUAAAGAAAAAACAUAUAGGAAGCUUUCAGAAGGCAACAAUACCUUAAAAUAUAUCUCAAACGAUUUUAUUAAAGCAUUCUAGGUAAAAAAAUAUUUGUUUUUGUUCCUCCUUUUAAAAUACAUAUUUUUGCUCAAACUUGGAAAUGAAAGGCAGGGUGCUGAAGUAAGUAAGAUAUAUUUUUAAAUACAUAUAUAUUUGUAUUUAAGCAGAUUUGUCAAGCAGUCACAUUUGAUAUAAAAAUCUGUUGCUAAAAAGUUUCAUGAGAUGUUUUAUACUCUGAAGGGAUGUCUUAUUUUAUGGAAGCAUUUAUGUUUGUAUACUGAAUAACAGUAGUGUCCUCCCUCUCCCUUCUCAGUGUGGUAUUUUUAUAAAAUUGUUUUUAAUGAGCUUUAUAUAAGUUGCUGUCAGUUUAGUUCUCUUUCUCUCAUGCCUUGCAACAUUAUCCUUGUAAACAAAUGUAUUCAUUUAUUUUUGCCAUAUAAAAACAAACCACCACAACAUACUGUGGUUGCAAAAGAAAAAGUAAUGACUUCCUUAACUCUUAUUUCUUUCUAGAGUUAUUAUUAGCUAUUGAUGAAAUGUUUCUUUUGUUGAAAUCAGACCUCAGUUUUUAAAUUUUAAAGUUAAACUUGAUCUAUAUGUGAUGUAUAUAUAUUUCCAUGAAAAUAAUUACAGUAAAUAAUUAUUAAGACAAACUUUCUGUAACUGUUUAUAGGGAAAUGGCUAUUAUUAAGUAGCUAGAUUUAUUCAUUAAAAUGUUCUAAAAAUUAGUUUUGGUGUAUUGGAAGAAAAAUCAGAAGCACCAUUUUAAAGUCUCUUCAUAUUAUGAAAACGAAUUCUCAGAUUUGAGAGGUUUUUUUUGUAGACCUUCGAAAUAGCAAUUAAAAGCUUCAGAUAAGAUCACGUUAUAUCAGACGGGUGGAAGAAUGUGAGAGUGCAUAAAAUAAUUUCUGAUCAAGGCAGCAAGAUAUUUGAAAGAACUGAUUCAUUCCAGUUUUCAUUUCUAAUGUGAAUUUCUGUGCAAAUAAUUAAUGAAAUGUCUUGUUUACACUAGACUGACAAUGUGGAGUUGUCCAUGUUGUUCAGUUGGGCACUUUUGUCUAAAAGGGGCAUACAACUUUUUCUUGACUGAGGGCCUUAUGUGGUCUUUAAGUGAUGUGAUAUACAAACAGGCUACAUUCCAAGAAGCGGUGGGAGAGGC